AUGGCAAAUCCCCCGAAACUCAACAUCGGCAAACUCAAGACCCUUUCAAACAAGCAACGAAUGGAACGCGGAGAUAGCGCAUUCUGUGGUGUCUCAGACCAGGAAGGCUGCCCUGAUUCCGCAAAAGCCCAAGACAUUCAGCAACAAAAAGCAGAGAGACACGAUCAGCCCGAGGAGAUGGAUGGACCAGUCGAGCCGCUCUCGUUGGAUCAGCAGGUAGCCCUCGCGGUCGCCGAACUCGAAGAACUGUCCCUCGACAUUAAUUCAUUCACCAAGGGUGAGAGCGAGGUCGUUGAGGCGGCCAGUGACGUGGACAAGGACUCCAGCCCAGAGCUGCGGGUAUCAGCCUUCGAGGACCCAGAAGGGGAAUCCCAGACGUCGAGCGAGGAGUCAUGGGCGUCCUGCCCCUCUAGCAGCUCCCAUUCUACAGACAGCUCAGACGCUGAGGAAGACGCGCCAGAGGCAGACGCCUCCCUUCCGAUCCCGACCUUGGCCACCACGUUCAAGUUCCACGAGGAGCUUGACGACGGCGUCGACGAAGGGCGGGAGCCAGCACCGGGGAAGCCGUUCAUGGAACAAGACCCGCCAUAUCCCGUUUACCCGGAGCCGUGGUCGAGUCCAAUAAACAGGUGGCUGUUUAUCCGGUCCAGCCAUUCGCUGCCGGUUCACGGCUUGGGUCCCGAGGACUUCUACCACGGAGGCUCGGGGCUGAGGCACGAGAUCCUGGCGACGGAUGAGGAGUCAUGUGAGGACAGCGAGGACAGAUGGUCGAAGGAAAUUUCGACGGUUGGAGUGGUGUACUUAUAG